AUGAAAGCAAUGUGGCAUUUAGUUGCUAUACCGUUGUUAACUUUCUUAAUUCCUGCAUCCGAGGGGAAGCCAUGUAAACCUGACCGUCUGGAUAAGAGAUUGGCGAAAGCAUUCCAUGAUAGGGAAACAGAAUGGUGGUUCUGUUGUGAUUGCAAAAAGGAGUCUCGUUCGUACACACGCGGUCCAAUAGCUACUCCAAUACCAUCCAAAGGUGUAUAUGCGUUCGAAGUAUAUCGACGAGGCACGCCGGCAGACGAGAUAGUCGCAGAUUUGAUCAGGAAGGUAAACAUUCUCAACAAAAGAAAUAUUGACAUUAAAGAAAGAAGUUUUUGA